UCGCAUCCCCGCGGGCUGGCAGCGCGACCCCGCCGUGUCGGGAAUGUUUCUCCGCGCCCCGCAACUGGCGCCCGGCUCUCCCUGGCCUGAAGCUUGGGGGCGCUGAGGCUGAGCGGAGCAGCAACUCAGCGAUCCGCCCCGAGGCUGGGGCUCCAGGACGCGGCUUCCAGGGCGCUCGGCGGGUCUUUAGCGCACCGGGAGCGCCGCAGUCCGCGUGGACGUCGGAGCCCGGGCUGCGCCGCCCAGACACGCUUACUUCGGAGGGGUUCAGCUAGAAACUCUCGGCCAUCCCGGAACGCCGCCUCUAGAGCUGGCAGAGGACAGCUAGCCUCCUCCAUCCCCUCUCUUCGCCGCCCCCAUCCUUCUCCACUCCCAGAGUGUCCCUCCCUUGGCUGCUUCCCAGGCGACCCCUGGAGCCGCUGCUGCUGGAUUCCGAUUCCACACUUCAUGGGCGGGCCACAGGGGCUCGGGCGCCUGGUUAGGUGGCUGCCUGGAGCCCCGUGAGCUGCGCGACUCCCGCCCGUCGAGCGCGCCCUCGGGGCAGAGAGAGCCGCGCCAGCCAACGCGAUGCCAGGGCGGCUACGAGCCGCCGGGCGCACGAGGCCCUAGGCAGACAUGGGCCUGACAGCCCAGCUCUAGGGACCCCUGAGCGUCGCCCUACUGCUCGGACUAGCAAGGUCCCUCAACAGGAUGGCUUCGGAAGUGGUGUGCGGGCUGAUCUUCAGGCUGCUGCUCCCCAUCUGCCUGGCAGUAGCAUGUGCGUUCCGGUACAAUGGGCUCUCCUUUAUCUACCUCAUCUACCUCUUGCUCAUUCCUCUGUUCUCAGAACCAACCAAAGCAACGAUGCAAGGACACACAGGGCGGUUGCUACAGUCCCUGUGCAUCACCAGCCUCUCAUUUCUGCUGCUUCACAUCAUUUUCCACAUCACACUGGCCAGCCUGGAAGCUCAGCACCGCAUCGCACCUGCUUACAACUGCUCAACAUGGGAAAAGACCUUCCGCCAGAUUGGCUUUGAAAGCUUGAAGGGAGCUGAUGCUGGCAAUGGCAUCAGGGUGUUUGUGCCUGAUAUCGGGAUGUUCAUUGCAAGUCUGACCAUCUGGCUGGUCUGCAGAACCAUUGUUAAGAAACCAGACACAGAAGAAGUAGCCCAAUUGAAUUCUGAGUGUGAAAAUGAAGAAUUGACUGGAGGAGAAAAGAUGGAUUCAGAGGAGGCGCUGAUUUAUGAAGAGGACUUAGAUGGAGAAGAAGGCAUGGAAGGAGAGCUGGAAGAAAGCACAAAACUAAAAAUACUUCGCAGGUUCGCCUCUGUCGCCUCCAAACUGAAGGAGUUCAUUGGCAAUAUGAUCACCACGGCGGGCAAGGUCGUGGUGACCUUCCUACUGGGCUCCUCGGGCAUGAUGCUGCCAUCUUUGACCUCAGCCGUGUACUUCUUUGUAUUUCUGGGCCUGUGCACCUGGUGGUCCUGGUGCCGAACAUUUGACCCAUUGCUGUUCGGCUGCCUCUGUGUCAUGCUGGCAAUCUUCACUGCUGGGCACCUGAUUGGACUUUAUCUGUACCAGUUUCAGUUCUUCCAAGAAGCGGUCCCGCCCAAUGACUACUAUGCAAGGUUGUUUGGGAUCAAGUCUGUUAUCCAAACAGACUGCUCCAGCACCUGGAAGAUCAUAGUAAACCCGGACCUGUCCUGGUAUCACCAUGCCAACCCCAUUCUCCUGCUGGUGAUGUACUACACGCUGGCCACGCUGAUUCGCAUCUGGCUGCAAGAGCCUCUUGUACAGGAGGAGAUGGUGAAGGAAGAUGAGGGUGCCCUGGAUUGCAGCUCCAAUCAGAACACAGCAGAGAGGAGGCGGAGCCUGUGGUAUGCAACCCAGUACCCAACAGAUGAGAGAAAACUUUUAUCCAUGACCCAAGAUGACUACAAACCAUCUGAUGGCCUGCUGGUGACCGUGAAUGGCAACCCUGUGGACUACCACACCAUCCACCCAAGCCUGCCCAUAGAGAAUGGCCCCGCCAAGACGGACCUGUACACCACUCCCCAGUACCGGUGGGAGCCUUCGGAGGAGUCCUCAGAAAAGAAAGAGGAAGAAGAAGACAAGAGAGAAGACUCCGAAGGGGAAGGGAGCCAGGAGGAAAAAAGGAGUGUGAGAAUGCACGCCAUGGUCACCGUGUUCCAGUUCAUCAUGAAGCAGAGUUACAUCUGUGCCCUCAUCGCCAUGAUGGCCUGGAGCAUCACUUACCACAGCUGGCUGACGUUCGUGCUGUUGAUCUGGUCCUGCACCCUCUGGAUGAUUCGCAAUAGGAGGAAGUAUGCCAUGAUCAGUUCUCCUUUCAUGGUCGUCUAUGCGAAUCUGCUGCUGGUGCUGCAGUACAUUUGGAGCUUCGAACUUCCUGAGAUUAAGAAGGUCCCUGGGUUUCUAGAAAAGAAAGAGCCGGGAGAACUUGCUUCAAAGAUUCUCUUCACCAUCACAUUUUGGCUGCUUCUGAGGCAGCAUCUCACAGAGCAGAAGGCCCUUCGAGAAAAGGAAGCAAUUCUGUCUGAAGUCAAAAUUGGAAGUCAAGAACUUGAAGAAAAGGAAGAUGAGGAGCUCCAAGAUAUACAAGUAGAAGGAGAGCCCACAGGGAAGGAAGAAGAAGAGGAAGAGGAGAUAAAGGAAGAAAGGCAUGAGGUAAAGAAGGAAGAGGAAGAGGAAGUGGAGGAAGAUGAUGACCAGGACAUCAUGAAGGUGUUGGGUAAUCUGGUGGUGGCCCUCUUCAUCAAGUAUUGGAUCUACGUCUGCGGGGGCAUGUUCUUUUUUGUCAGCUUUGAGGGGAAAAUCGUCAUGUACAAAAUCAUCUACAUGGUGCUGUUCCUGUUCUGCGUGGCCUUGUACCAGGUGCACUACGAGUGGUGGAGGAAGAUCCUGAAGUACUUCUGGAUGUCAGUGGUCAUUUACACCAUGCUGGUGCUCAUCUUUAUAUACACUUACCAGUUUGAAAACUUCCCGGGCCUGUGGCAAAACAUGACUGGAUUAAAGAAAGAAAAGCUCGAGGACCUCGGCCUGAAGCAGUUUACAGUGGCUGAACUGUUCACUCGCAUAUUCAUCCCCACCUCCUUUCUGCUCGUCUGCAUCCUACACCUCCACUACUUCCACGAUCGGUUCCUGGAACUUACAGACCUCAAGUCCAUCCCCAGCAAAGAGGACAACACCAUCUACAGGUUGGCCCACCCUGAAGGAAGUCUCCCAGACCUAGCCAUCAUGAAUAUGACUGCCAGCCUCGAUAGGCCUGAGGUGCAGAAGCUGGCGGAGCCUGGGGAGGAGAGGCCAGAAGAAUGUAUCAAGAAGGCAGAGAAGGGUGGGGCUGGAAAAGACAGUGAUGAGUCUGAGGAGGAGGAAGAUGAGGAAGAGGAAUCCGAGGAGGAAGAAUCCUCAGACCUCAGGAACAAGUGGCACCUGGUGAUUGACCGGCUCACUGUGCUCUUUCUAAAAUUCCUGGAGUAUUUCCACAAGUUGCAGGUGUUUAUGUGGUGGAUCUUGGAGCUGCACAUCAUCAAAAUCGUCUCAUCGUACAUCAUCUGGGUGACUGUGAAAGAGGUGUCUCUGUUCAACUAUGUAUUUUUGAUUUCUUGGGCAUUUGCUCUGCCAUAUGCCAAACUCCGUCGUGUGGCUUCCAGUGUCUGCACUGUCUGGACAUGUGUGAUCAUCGUCUGCAAAAUGUUGUACCAGCUGCAAACCAUUAAGCCUGAGAACUUUUCUGUCAACUGCUCCUUGCCCAAUGAAAAUCAAACCAACAUUCCCCUUAAUGAGUUGAACAAGUCUCUUCUCUACAGCGCCCCUGUUGAUCCCACUGAGUGGGUUGGCCUGAGGAAGUCUUCCCCAUUGCUCGUCUACCUGAGGAACAACCUCCUGAUGUUGGCGAUUUUGGCCUUCGAAGUCACCGUUUACCGCCAUCAGGAGUACUAUCGAGGCCGAAACAACCUGACUGCUCCAGUGUCUAAAACCAUCUUUCAUGACAUCACAAGGCUACAUCUAGAUGAUGGGCUUAUCAAUUGUGCCAAAUAUUUUGUAAACUAUUUCUUCUACAAGUUUGGCCUAGAGACCUGUUUCCUCAUGUCAGUGAAUGUAAUUGGACAGCGAAUGGACUUCUACGCCAUGAUUCACGCCUGUUGGCUGAUCGGUGUCUUGUAUCGACGCAGAAGAAAAGCCAUUGCGGAGGUCUGGCCCAAGUACUGCUGCUUCCUGGCUUGCAUCAUCACCUUCCAGUACUUUGUCUGCAUCGGCAUCCCCCCUGCCCCUUGCCGAGAUUAUCCAUGGAGAUUCAAGGGAGCCUACUUCAAUGAUAACAUUAUCAAGUGGCUUUACUUCCCAGAUUUCAUUGUGCGACCCAACCCAGUGUUUCUUGUCUAUGACUUCAUGCUGCUCCUGUGUGCUUCCUUACAACGACAGAUCUUUGAGGACGAAAACAAGGCAGCCGUGCGCAUCAUGGCUGGGGACAAUGUCGAGAUCUGCAUGAACCUUGACGCAGCCUCAUUCAGCCAGCAUAACCCCGUACCAGACUUCAUUCACUGCAGAUCUUACUUGGACAUGUCCAAAGUGAUCAUCUUCAGCUACCUCUUCUGGUUCGUCCUCACCAUCAUCUUCAUUACGGGAACCACCAGGAUCAGCAUAUUUUGCAUGGGCUACUUGGUGGCCUGUUUCUAUUUCCUGCUCUUUGGAGGGGAUCUGCUGCUGAAACCUAUCAAGAGCAUCCUUCGUUACUGGGACUGGCUGAUUGCAUACAACGUGUUUGUGAUCACCAUGAAGAAUAUACUGUCAAUAGGAGCCUGUGGAUACAUUGGCGCACUAGUGAGAAACAGCUGCUGGUUGAUCCAAGCGUUCAGCCUGGCCUGCACGGUGAAAGGCUAUCAAAUGCCUGAAGAUGACUCCAGAUGCAAGCUGCCCAGUGGGGAGGCCGGGAUCAUCUGGGACAGCAUCUGCUUUGCAUUUCUCCUGCUGCAGAGGAGAGUCUUCAUGAGUUAUUAUUUCCUGCACGUCGUGGCUGACAUUAAAGCAUCCCAGAUCCUGGCGUCCAGAGGGGCCGAACUUUUCCAGGCUACAAUUGUGAAAGCUGUAAAGGCAAGAAUUGAAGAAGAGAAAAAGUCCAUGGACCAGCUGAAGAGACAGAUGGAUCGCAUCAAAGCCCGGCAACAAAAGUACAAAAAGGGUAAGGAGAGGAUGCUGAGCUUGACCCAGGAGUCAGGGGAAGGCCAGGACAUCCAGAAAGUCUCAGAAGAAGAUGAUGAAAGAGAAGCAGACAAACAGAAAGCCAAGGGCAAAAAAAAGCAGUGGUGGCGGCCUUGGGUUGAUCAUGCUUCCAUGGUCAGGAGUGGAGAUUAUUAUUUGUUUGAAACGGAUAGUGAAGAGGAGGAAGAAGAGGAACUUAAAAAGGAAGAUGAAGAACCUCCACGGAAGUCAGCAUUCCAGUUCGUCUACCAAGCCUGGAUUACUGAUCCUAAAACGGCACUCCGACAGAGGAGGAAAGAGAAGAAAAAGUUGGCUAGAGAAGAGCAGAAGGAGAGACGCAAAGGAUCUGGGGACGGUCCAGUGGAAUGGGAAGAUCGAGAGGAUGAGCCAAUCAAAAAGAAAUCUGAUGGACCAGAUAAUAUCAUCAAGAGGAUAUUUAAUAUCCUGAAGUUCACCUGGGUUCUGUUCCUGGCCACAGUGGAUAGUUUUACCACUUGGCUCAACUCCAUCUCAAGGGAACAUAUCGACAUAUCCACAGUUCUGCGGAUUGAAAGAUGCAUGCUGACUCGAGAGAUAAAGAAGGGCAAUGUUCCAACACGGGAAAGCAUCCACAUGUACUACCAGAACCACAUCAUGAAACUUUCCCGAGAAUCCGGCCUGGACACAAUCGACGAGCACUCCGGGGCUGGCUCCAGGGCCCAGGCAGCACACAGGAUGGAUAGCUUAGAUUCCCGGGACAGUAUCUCCAGCUGCUACACUGAAGCGACCCUGCUGAUCUCAAGGCAGUCCACCCUUGAUGAUUUAGAUGGACAAGACCCUGUUCCUAAAACAAGCGAGCGUGCUCGGCCUAGGCUCCGUAAAAUGUUCAGCAUGGACAUGUCCUCUUCGUCAGCUGACAGUGGCAGUGUAGCAUCAAGCGAGCCCACACAGUGUACCAUGCUGUAUUCGCGCCAAGGAACUACGGAAACCAUCGAGGAGGUGGAGGCUGAAGCUGAGGAGGAGAUGGUAGGGGAUCUGGAGCCUGAGCUCCAUGAUGCAGAAGAAAAAGAAUAUGCAGCUGAAUAUGAAGCGGGGGUCGAGGAGAUCAGCCUCACUCCGGAUGAGGAAUUGCCUCAGUUCUCUACGGAUGACUGUGAUGUGGAGGCACCGCCCUCUUACAGCAAGGCUGUCAGCUUUGAGCAUCUAUCGUUUGCGUCGCAAGAUGACUCUGGGGCCAAGAACCACAUGGUGAUCAGCCCUGAUGACAGCCGUACAGACAAGCUGGAGUCGAGUAUCUUACCACCCCUGACUCACGAGCUGACAGCCAGCGAUCUGCUGAUGAGCAAGAUGUUCCAUGAUGAUGAGCUGGAGGAAUCUGAGAAAUUCUAUGUGGACCAGCCCCGGUUCUUGCUGCUAUUCUAUGCCAUGUAUAAUACUCUGGUAGCCCGCUCAGAAAUGGUGUGCUAUUUUGUGAUCAUCCUGAACCACAUGACUUCUGCCUCCAUCAUCACCCUCCUGUUGCCCAUCCUGAUCUUCCUCUGGGCCAUGCUGUCUGUCCCCAGGCCCAGCCGGCGCUUUUGGAUGAUGGCCAUCGUCUACACUGAGGUGGCGAUCGUAGUGAAAUAUUUCUUCCAGUUCGGCUUCUUUCCGUGGAAUAAGGACUUGGAAAUAUACAAGGAAAGGCCCUACUUUCCACCAAACAUCAUAGGGGUGGAGAAGAAGGAGGGCUAUGUUCUUUACGACCUCAUUCAGUUGCUGGCUCUGUUCUUCCAUCGUUCCAUUCUGAAGUGUCACGGUCUGUGGGACGAGGAUGACAUUGUUGACAGUAACACAGACAAGGAAGGAUCUGAUGAUGAGCUGUCCCUCGAUCAGGGCAGAAGAGGCUCCUCGGAGUCACUGAAGUCUAUCAACCUGGCUGCCUCUGUCGAGUCUGUCCACGUGACCUUCCCAGAGCAGCCAGCGGCCAUCAGGAGAAAACGUUCCUGCAGCAGCUCUCAGAUCUCCCCACGGUCCAGCUUUUCUUCAAAUAGAUCCAAAAGAGGCAGCACAAGCACCCGGAACAGUAGCCAGAAAGGAAGCAGUGUUUUAAGCCUUAAACAGAAAAGCAAAAGAGAACUUUACAUGGAAAAGCUUCAAGAGCACUUAAUCAAAGCAAAGGCGUUUACCAUAAAGAAGACUCUGCAGAUCUAUGUGCCCAUUCGGCAGUUCUUCUAUGACCUCAUCCACCCAGACUACAGUGCUGUGACAGAUGUGUACGUGCUGAUGUUUCUGGCCGACACUGUAGACUUCAUCAUCAUCGUCUUUGGCUUCUGGGCCUUUGGGAAACACUCAGCAGCUGCAGAUAUCACCUCUUCUCUGUCAGAAGACCAGGUUCCCGGGCCAUUCCUGGUGAUGGUCCUCAUUCAGUUUGGAACCAUGGUGGUGGACCGUGCACUCUACCUCAGGAAGACUGUGCUGGGCAAGGUCAUCUUCCAGGUCAUCCUCGUGUUUGGGAUUCACUUCUGGAUGUUCUUCAUCUUACCUGGUGUGACUGAGAGGAAAUUCAGCCAGAACCUGGUGGCACAGCUUUGGUACUUUGUGAAGUGUGUGUACUUUGGGUUGUCUGCCUAUCAAAUCCGAUGUGGCUACCCAACCCGUGUGCUCGGGAACUUCCUCACAAAGAGCUACAAUUACGUCAACCUCUUCUUGUUUCAAGGGUUCCGCCUGGUCCCGUUUCUGACCGAGCUGCGGGCUGUGAUGGACUGGGUGUGGACAGAUACAACCUUGAGCCUUUCCAGCUGGAUUUGUGUGGAGGACAUUUACGCGCACAUUUUUAUCUUGAAGUGCUGGCGAGAGUCGGAAAAGAGAUACCCUCAACCCAGGGGUCAGAAGAAGAAGAAAGCCGUGAAGUACGGCAUGGGCGGCAUGAUCAUCGUCCUCCUCAUCUGUAUCGUCUGGUUUCCUCUGCUCUUCAUGUCUUUGAUCAAAUCUGUCGCAGGGGUUAUCAACCAACCCCUGGAUGUGUCCGUCACAAUUACCCUGGGAGGCUAUCAGCCUAUCUUCACAAUGAGUGCCCAGCAAAGCCAGCUGAAAGUUAUGAAUAAUUCAAAGUAUAACGAAUUCCUAAAGUCUUUCGGCCCCAACAGUGGCGCAAUGCAGUUUUUGGAGAAUUAUGAAAAGGAAGACAUAACAGUGGCAGAACUGGAGGGGAACUCAAAUUCUCUGUGGACCAUCAGCCCUCCCAGUAAGCAGAAAAUGAUACAGGAGCUCACCGACCCCAAUAGUUGCUUCUCUGUUGUUUUUUCCUGGAGUAUCCAGAGAAACAUGACUUUGGGUGCAAAAUCCGAAAUAGCAACAGAUAAGCUUUCUUUCCCUCUUGCGAAUGCAACACGGAAUAGCAUAGCUAAAAUGAUUGCUGGCAAUGACACAGAAAGUUCAAACACACCAGUGACAAUAGAGAAGAUCUACCCAUACUAUGUAAAGGCACCCAGUGAUUCGAACUCAAAACCUAUAAAACAGCUUCUGUCUGAAAAUAAUUUCAUGAAUAUCACCAUCAUUUUGUUCAGAGACAAUGUCACAAAGUCCAAUAGUGAGUGGUGGGUUCUCAACCUGACUGGAAGUAGGAUAUUCAACCAGGGGUCCCAAGCCUUGGAGCUGGUGGUCUUCAAUGACAAAGUCAGCCCCCCAAGUCUGGGCUUCUUGGCUGGCUAUGGUAUCAUGGGAUUGUAUGCAUCUGUUGUCCUUGUAAUUGGGAAAUUUGUUCGUGAGUUCUUCAGUGGGAUCUCUCACUCCAUCAUGUUUGAAGAGCUUCCAAAUGUGGACAGAAUCUUGAAGUUGUGCACAGAUAUAUUCCUCGUGCGGGAGACGGGGGAGCUGGAACUGGAGGAAGACCUCUAUGCCAAGUUGAUAUUCCUGUACAGGUCACCAGAGACCAUGAUCAAGUGGACUAGAGAAAAAACAAACUGAUUCCUUAAGACCUGGACUGCAAAUAGAGCUAACAUUUGAAUUUUUUUUAAAGAGAAGCACAAUACUCUUAAGAGCUAAGCAUUUCUAGUUGGGUGUCAAUCAUUUCUCUUCUGACAGGUGGCUGAAAGAAGUUGAUUUUCUUGUUCAUGCAAGCCACCUCACACAAGAAGGCGCUGUUGAAGUUCUCCGUACUCCCAUGUCUGAAAUCAGGGCUCAUUGCUUUUAGAGUUUUGAUUUUUUUUUUGUUUGUUUGUUAGUUUUUUUUUUUUCAGUCAAAAGUGUCUUGCAUUCUUAAUCAGUUACAGGAAAGGUUCCUGUAGGGUCCCUUCCCUUGGAGAAAGGCACCUGUGUCUAACUCUGCAGGGACCUCACCUUUCCUGGCAUCAUGGUCAAUGUGUAACACACAGCUCUUCUCACCGCUGGGCAAACUGCUGAGCAGAGACCCCGUGAACCCUCAGCACACUCCAGAUGUGCAGCAGCAAUAGGAGGCAGCAACACUGCCUGAGUUUCAAGAGAAAAGAGGGGACCCCGGACCCAGAAGAAGUGGCUGGAAGGACAAGCCUCAUUCUAAGCAAAAAGAUAACAUUAGCGAUACUCCUACUGCCUUAUCUCAACUGAAGACUGGUAAGAAAUCUUUCUAUUGAACACCAGUGACUUCUCAGGAAAAACAAACAAACAAACAAAACACUCAGCAAAGCAACUACGCGGACACCUCUGCUUGCGAGGUCGGGUGGUAACCACCCUAGGGAGCGGUGACCAUUCUGCUUCGGAUGGCUCCUGUUGCCCCAGAAACAGAAGGACAGCAGAGGUUAGCUCAGCCUGAUGGGAACACCUCGGCUUUGUAACUUCAAUGACUGAGGCCAUGGGGCUCUUCUGCCUCUCCCCAUCACCCCUCCCCACCUUUCCCCAUCCCCUCAUGCUUCCUUCCAUUUCCAUGAUUUAAGGCAGUGGUUUUUCCAGUGUGUGACAUUUUCCUUCCUGUUUUUCAGGCAUAUCAAAGAGUUUACAUAUUCCGAUUCACAUUUUUACAUCUAAGACGGGUUUUUUAAGUUCAUAAUUAUGAAAGAAAUAUGUAUAUUGAGCUUGGGGAAAUAAAAUUAUGACGGCCUUUUUUCUUAAAUUAUUAUUAUCAUUGGGAACACAACCUCAUGAAAUAGCAUUGUAGCAUGAAAAUUUAUGAUUGACAUGUACUUUUCAUUCAAUAUUAAAAAAUACUGUUUCUGAGAAGAACCAUUGAAUGGGCUAGACUAUGUCAAAAACCACUCCUGUGUACUCUGGGUUCAGGACUGACUUAAAAUAAAGCACAUCUUGCAAAGUCA